ACGCCAGGGCCUGAAAACAAACCUUGUACAAAUGUGUGUGCGACCAGUAGCUUUCACUCUCUGUUUUUAAUAUUUUUUGCUGAAUUUGAAGCUGUGGAUCAACACUCAGCUUUUAGCAGUGACAUUUUUCGGGGCGCUGCGAAACUUAAUGUUUGUUUGAACAACUUGUAUCUGAAGCUCCUAAAGAAGGUAUAUCUGAACCGUGUGAAGAGCCUGUGGUUUGUCUCUUAUGGAAGGACUACACCAGGAAACUAAACAAUGACAGGUGGACGUCGUAAACCAAGGAAAAGAGAACCUAAAAAGGCAUCUAAAGAGGAUGUUAUUACGAAUCCUGCCUCACCUCCAUCUGCAGAGGAAUCGGUUGUUGGGCCAAGCAACGAUCUGUUUCCUUCCUUACAAUCUACACCAAAAAGAGGAAAGAGAAAAAGAGGACUGGUCCAAACAAUCAGCCUGACUUCCACACCAGUCCACAGCUCCAGCACUGACGACGCAUCCAACAUUUCUCACUCCACUCCACAAACAAAUGGCACGCAGCAGGACACUGAAGUGACCACUAAUCCAAAGAUGUCAGAGGCAAGCUCACCGUGCUCCAGCUCAACGCCGCAAAUCAGAAACACCAGGAGCCGUUCUUCUAAGCCGAGACGAAAGGGAGCCAAACGGCAAGCUGUUGUCAGUGGCUCUACGGUCAAGCGAGGACGUGGGAGGCCUCGCAAGGCUGAAGCUGGAACUUUCAAAAGCGAAAUAGUUCAGCCUGUUAAACGCUCAAGACCAAGAUUUGAACUUCAGGAGCCUGAUUCCUCAGAGCAAGAGCCCAUCGUCCAAGAAGACGAUUCCUUGCUGUCUUCAGAUCUGUCCAUAGAGCUGAGUCAAUAUGAAGAGCAGCUGCCGCGUUUGUCCUUUCAGGAAGAGAAGAGCGAUGACGAAGAGGAAGAGUUCCCAAGUUUCUUAACAAGGAACGAUAAACAGCCUACAUCCGUGAAAGAGGGAGCGUUUGUGUGGUGCAAAUUCAGACAUCAUCCACACUGGCCUGCAUGGGUGAAAAGUGUGAACCGGAAACGCAAGAAAGCGAGCAUCAUUUUUGUCGAUCAGGCCUUCAUAGACACUCAGAGAAACAAAGGAUUUGUUUUGGCUUUGAAAUCCAUGAAACCGUUUGACUGUGAAGAAGCAGAUGAGCUGAUGUCUAAAGCCAAAGAAUUGUAUGACGCUGCUGUUACAUGGUCCUCGGAACUUAUAGAGGACUACAGAAUCCGGAUUGCAUGUGGCUCAUUCUCUGGCUCCUUCAUCGAGUAUGUCAAUCAUGACAUGAGCAAUCCAGUUCGGAGGAAGUAUCCGCAGGCAGAAUCAGAGAGACUAACCAUAGCCAGUGACAGCAUAGUGUUUGAUUUAUGUGACGAUGGCGGCGAGUGUCGCACUGAGAAGGAGGAAGAUGUUUGCAGAAGCAGAAAGAGGCUGCUGCCGGACCGCACCCUUGCAGCUUAUAACCGUGCCAAUGAGAAGCUGGUUUAUUUCAUUGUCAAGCAGCGCAUGGUGGAACCCCACCUUCUGGCUGUGAUCAGUGGGCAGCAGCAGUCCAGAUGGCUGCACGCUUUUCUGAGAGCCAAGCGGAGACGGGUGGUGAACACGUACCUGGAAGACGACCAACAGUUGGACCAGGUCUACAGGUACUUAAGCAAGCUGUACGCAACCACUAAGUCCCCUUCCCUAGCUGAGGUGAAACAAAUCGAGGACGUCCCUUUUGUUCUGGAUGUCCUUCUACCCGAGGCUAUCAUCCAUGCUAUUGCUGGGGUGGACAAUAUUUCGGUGAAAAAGGCUGAAGAAAAGUACCUUAAAGGACGAUGUAUCAGUAACAGAGAAAAGCAAGAGUUUGAAUUGAUGAUUGAACGUCAAAUGAGGAAUCAAUGUCAGAACACAACAAUUGAACUGUACUCCGAUCCAAUCAGUUAAUCUUUUGUGUAUGUGCGUGUUUAUAUAUAUAUAAAUUUUUAUUAAUAAUGUCUCAACACCUGUGUGCUUUACUAAAAAACAAAUCAUAUAUAUUUUUUAAUUUGUGUUCUCAAUCUUCCUUGUAAUCAGUUUUGAGUUAAACUGGAAAAUAACAUUUAAGCUUUUAAAAUGUGUCAAGUGCCAAAUUACCUAGUUCUGAUAGUAUGUUUGAUGCCAAAUAUUUCAAUAUAUCGCUAGUUUUUUUUAAACACGUUUUUUAGGUAAAAUCUAUGUUUUACAGUGUAUUUCCUGAAGAUAAGUGUUGAACAAAAGAGGAAACUCACAAAGCAGCUGCAGCCUCUUAAGUUUAAACCUUUCAUAUUUCCAUUCUUCAUGUUUGCAUC